GUCUGUUGUGACUGAACCAUACCCUAUCACACCAUGUCUGCCGCAUCUGAGCGCUCCAGCGUCGAGUCGACGCUCACCUCUGCCAUCCAGCAGCUCGAGCGCGAGUCGGCCCUCAAGAAGACUAUCCGCGAGUCGACCGAGCCCGUCGAGGACAUUGUGCGCACCUCGACCGCCGAGCUGAACCACCUGCACUCGUCGCCUGCGGCCAAGCACGAGGCCAUCGCGACCAAGGCGCUCGAGACCAUCGCGACGGCGCACCCGCACUGGGUCGCCAUUGCCGCCCUCAUCCCCAAGGGCGAGUUCUACCGAUACCAGUUCGCCGUCGCGCCGCUCCUCAAGUCGCUCGUGACCAACAUCGCCCUCGCGCGCUUCAUCCUCCACGACGAGCUCGUGCCGGCCUUCACCGCCGCGUCGCUCAUGGGCCUCCAGGGCGAGGAUAUUGGCGAGCUCCAGCUCACCUCGGACGAGUACCUCCAGGGCGUGAUCGGCAUGGUCAACGAGCUGCCCCGCUUGUCGGUCAACUCGGUGACGGCGCAGAGCUUCGCCCUGCCCGGAAGGAUAGCGAGCUUUGUCAACGACAUCUUUGCGAGCUACUCGAUGCUCAACCUCCGCAACGACGCCCUCCGCCGCAAGUUUGACUCCCUCAAGUACGACCUCAAGCGCUGCGAGGACGUCGUGUACGACCUUACGCUGCGCGGCCUUGGGCCCGCGACGACCGCUUAGAGAGAGCUGUAACAUUAGAAUGGCAUGACGAUGCAUCGCUGGGCAUGUGGCGCGGGA